AUGGGAGAGUCCGCCGAUGCUUCUGCAGACGGCGAGGCUUCUGAUAGCACAACGGCGGAUGGACGCAGGGUUGUCAUCGUGGCUGCCGACGGCGACAUUGUGCUGGACGUGACCUUUGAGACGUCUCCCGAGACGCUCAAGAAACAUCGACGAGCCGAGGCGACAGCGCUACGCAAGCCGCGGGUGCCCAACCAGCCAGCCCCCGACCGGGGCAGCUCGCGUGUACAGGUGGCGUACCGGCUCAGUCUUGAGGUGUUGAAACGCAGCUCAAAGUACUUUGCCAACUUGCUCUCCAACCCGCAGUUUCGCGAGGCCGAUGCAGUGUCCAGCGUCCAUGCCAAGCUGCGCUCGAUGAGAAUUCAGCCCAAGGCAGCCAGCGUAGACGAGCUUCCAUGGGUAUCUGUCGUCGAGGACGACGAUGCCACCAAGGCCGCUGGCCACGAGGUCGCGUUUGAGGACAUGCUGCGGAUCCUGCACAAGAAGCCGGUCAAAGAAAGCCGAGCAAUCAUGUCGUAUGCUACAACCAUGGCCAUUAUCGCUGACCGCUUUGAUUGCGUCGCUGUUGUUGCGCGGGCUCUCAAUACAGAUCUCAAGUUCAAGUGGCCGCUGACCAGCACAAAACCAUUUGUCGAUGAUGCGGGCCGGCCUACUGAUGUCGAGCAAGUCUUGCGUCAAAAAGUGCUGGUUUCGUGGUUACUAGGACAACCCAUGAGGCUGCAGCAGUCGUCGCGCGAGCUCAUCAUGCGCGGAUCCAGUCUCUGGAGUGUGUAUCAUGAACCAGAUGGGAUCUCGACAGCUGCCUGGUGGAAUCUUCCUGACGGUAUUGAAGACGAGCUUCGGCACCGUCGAGAGUGCAUUCUUGACACGAUUGCCUCUGUGCAGAAACAUUUCCUCGAUUUAUACUCGACUCGCGAUAGACAGUGUAAACUGGGGUACGACUCUAGUACAGCGUGUGACUCGUUUCAACUGGGACAAAUGAUCAAGUUUCUGGUGUCAAAGAGUCUACUGUACUUGGUUGACUACAGCGCGUCAUCAAUCAAUGGUGUGCCUGACGGCUCCUCUGUCAACAUUGAGGAACUUAUCAGCACUCUGAGGCAGUGUCCCAGCUAUCAGAUCGAUAAGCAUCACACAAACUGCGGUCCACGGGUGCGUUUAGGACCAAUCCUAGACUACAUUCAGUCGAUGCUCUCGGCGAGCGUCGUGUCAUUGUCUCACGCCGACUGGAAAAAUCGGCGAGAUAAGGCAGCCUGGGUCCCGGAACACAACUCAAACACGGCAAGCGGCGAUGAACGGAACAUCACAUUCCUGUUUACCCGAUCCGUAGCCAACGACCAGCGCUUGCGGUAUGAGGGAGCGCUGUACGUUGACAAAAUGGCCAAACAACUGUUUACCGCUGACUCGUGGAACUGGACCCCGGAGGCGUGA